CUUUAAUGUGGAGCCACAGCCGUAUGGCGACGCGUGGGGACAGGGGAGCAGUCCAGCGUCUAAACGGAGUUUUCCUCUAACAUGGGCUUUCACCGCUUGGACGUGGGAGGUGAUGCCAACUUUCACACACUUCUCUGACCUUUUGAUCGCUUCGCUGAUCGGGAACGGCUGAAGCCAGACCCUAUUAGGGGUGGGGGGAGAUUCCGAGUUAUAUUCACUGGUCGAGACUGGACUAAUCAUGCCAAUCUUGGAGAGAGGGACGGCGAGAGACCGAGACAGCCAAGUGCUGCCAAAGGUCCCCGUUCCCCUGCUGAAACAAACCCUUGACACUUACUUGAAGUGCGUUCAACACCUGGCGAAGGAGGAGCAGUUUAAGAAAACAAGGGCCAUCGUGGAGAAGUUUGGGGCUCCUGGGGGCAUGGGAGAGACUCUCCAGAAGAAGCUUUUAGAGAGGAGGGACAAGAUGGCAAACUGGGUCUAUGACUACUGGCUGGAGGACAUGUACCUGAACAACAGGUUGGCCCUGCCAGUCAACUCCAGUCCUGCCAUGGUGUUUCCUAAGCAGAUGUUUAAAGAUCAUAAAGACACCCUCAGUUUUGCCGCCCGUCUCAUCAGUGGAGUUUUGGAAUACAAGGCUCUCAUCGAUACGCGAUCGCUGCCAGUGGAUUUCACUCGAGGCCAGCUAGCUGUCAUGCCUAUGUGCAUGGAGCAGUACUAUCGCCUCUUCACCUCCUACCGCUAUCCGGGGUUAAAGACAGACACGCUGAAGGUCCAGAUUAAGGCAGCAUCCUCAGCACUGGAGCACAUGAUUGUGGCAUGCAAGAAUCAGUUUUUCGUGUUGGAUGUAGUCGCAAACAGCAAGCAGCUCAGUGAAGAGGAGAUCUUAUCCCAGCUGGAGAAGAUUGUGAAAAUGUCUGAAAACGCUGAGGAGAAGCUCCCCCCUUUUGGCAUCUUGACAUCUGAUGGAAGGACAGAAUGGGCGCAAGCUAGAGAGGCACUAAUAAAAGAUCAGAUCAACAGGGACUCUCUGGCACUGAUUGAGAGCUGCAUCUGUGUGGUGUGUCUGGAUGAGCCCAGCGGCCUGCAACCUAGUGACACCAACAGGGCCCUGUUGAUGCUACAUGGUGGAGGACAUGAAAAGAAUGGUGCAAACCGCUGGUAUGACAAGUCAAUGCAGUUUGUUGUAGGCAUGGAUGGGAUAUGUGGAGUGGUGUGUGAGCAUUCACCAUUUGAAGGGAUCGUUCUGGUGCAGUGCUGUGAAUACAUAAUGAAAUAUAUAAUGGAAAGUCCUUCCAAGAUGGUCAAGUCCUCCAGCUAUAGAGAGCUUCCUCCUCCAAGGAGGCUACGCUGGAAAUGUAACCCACAUAUCCAAGGACUCUUAGCAGCAUCUGCAGAGAGAUUGCAGAGGCUGGUGAAUAAUCUUGACAUGAAUGUUUUCAAAUUCAAAGAUUAUGGGAAAGAAUUUAUCAAGCAGCAGAAGAUGAGUCCAGAUGCCUUCAUACAAGUUGCCUUGCAGCUUGCAUUUUUCAAAUGCACUGGAAGGCUCGUGUCCACUUACGAGAGUGCAUCAAUUCGGCGUUUCCAAGAAGGUCGCGUAGAUAACAUUCGCUCAGCGACCGCCGAGGCCCUGGCCUUUGUAAAGUCUAUGGCAGAUGAGAGGGGAGCGUUCUCUGACUCAGAAAAGAUGAAGCGACUGGGGGAUGCAAUUAAAGCCCAGACAAGUUAUACAAUUGCAGCGAUUACAGGAAUGGCGAUAGACAAUCACCUCCUUGGACUUCUGAGGAUCGCAAAGGAGCUCAACAUGGAAAAGCCAGAAAUCUUUUGUGAUGAGACAUAUCUGGCCAGUAACCACUUCAUCCUCUCUACCAGUCAGGUUCCUACCACUGUGGAAAUGUUCUGCUGCUAUGGCCCAGUAGUGCCCAACGGUUAUGGCGCCUGUUACAACCCACAGUCAGACCACAUCAUCUUCUGCAUUUCUAGUUUCUGGGACAACACAGAGACUAGCUCGGUCGUUUUCGUUAAAGCCUUGAACGAGGGCCUGCUGGAAAUCAGGGACUUGUGCAAUAGAAGCAAUGCUACAGCUAGCAAACUUGCUGUCUCCAGCCAGGGAGCCAGCCAGCCUCAUAAAUCAGGGAAGUAAGCCAUACUGAGGGAGCACGCCCACUCAGCUGCUCCACUCACCACUGUUAGACUUUAGCAUUAGACUCAGUAGUUAAGAUGCCUUCACAUGUCUUUGUUGUCUGUGCAAUAGUGUUACUUUCAUAACAAAAUUUAAAGCCUUAAA